AGCAAUUUGUUCUCCACUCCAUACGGCGAUACCCAUUGAUAUUUGGACCAUGGCGCAAGCGGUUCGACGGGGAAAUCGCAACUGUCUCAAAGCUUUCUCUCGCGGUCGUGGACAUCAUACGCCGUUCUCCACACACCGCAUUCCGGAAGAGAAGUCGCCGGAUUAUACAGGCGCUGAAUAGCACCGAUGUGGAUGCCAACGUUGCGCUGGAGCACUUACUACAAGCGGUCCUAGGCAACACGGCAGACGAAGACCCGGUACAAACCAAAUGCGUAUUAGCCGAACCAAAAGGCGAUUUUUACAAUCUAGACUAUGCCGAUACCCUCUCUCGGGCGCUUGAACGUAUAUACAAGGCGAUGCCAAGGUCGUCGCGGCGUAGGUAGCAUCUUCCCCGAUAAAGGUUAUGGAAGGACCGCCGACAAAGACGACUUCGCACUGUCAGAUUGUCCAGAUUUGCCUCGAAGUGAUGAAGUCCUCGAGAACGAUCAGUCCUCCGAUAUUAGACUGUAUCCUCUAGCCAAACCCGACCUCUGGCUUGACGAAGAUGCGGAGACACUCGGUGGAAGUCAGGAAGGCGGUGACCCUUUCACCCACGACGAUGCCAGUCUGGUCAAUGACAUCGAUAUCUGGGUCUCCGACGAAGCGGAGUCCCUUGCCUAUGCUCCGCUGGAAAGUUCUGAUGACUUUUGGGACAGCUCACAAUCUACGACGCUCGACGUUUGUCCUCGUUGUCUGUCCCUGCGUGCGUUACUGAUUCACGAUUAUCGAUGACACGUUUUCUCCAGGAUCCGAUGCUAGACUGGGAGGACCCCCCGGCCUUUGAUUCGUCUCGGGCAUCCUAUACGACAGGACAGG